AUGACAUCUCCAAUAACCAUGUCAAGCUCGCCUGACUCUUCAUCGUCACCGGAGGCCCCAGAGCGACGCCGUUGCUGGGAAUGCCUUCGUCGACGAUUAGUCUGUGAUGCAACACGACCUGUGUGCAACAAGUGCCGGGUUGCGGGCAUCGUGUGUCCAGGGUACGAUGACAAGAAACCGCUGACUUGGCUCGCUCCUGGCAAGGUAACUUGUCGUACACGGCGCAAGAAGAGUACCGCCGUCAGCAUAAAACCAACAACCAAACCGAAGACCCCGAGGCCGGCCAAGCAGCCCAAACACAAGCAUUUUGAAGUCGGAACGGAUAUUUUCAAUGGUAUCGAAUGUAUUUUCCAUGCUCCGUUAAGAACGGAUGUUUGUGACGUGUAUGAUGCUGUACAGUACUACAACGCCGUUUUCUACCCUCACACUGCGGCUGGUCACAGGGAUGGCAUAGCGAACGUCUUCGUAGACGCGAUACCCAUCAACAUUGUCCGUUUCCUACCAAAGGCCAUUGCGCACAAUAUGGUUUCCAUCGUCUUCCAACAUAAGAUGUGUGUACAAACACAGUGGAAACCCGACUGUCCCUCCCUCAAACAUGCACAAGCCCGUUUGCACCACCAUCGAGGGCUUGCAAUUCGUGCUCUAAACGAAGAUAUCGCCAAUGAAAAGACUCAGAGCAGCGAUGUUGUACUGACAGGUGUUAUUCUCCUGCUCCAGUCAGAAAUUCAGUCGUGCCUUUCGCCAAACUGGAGAUACCAUGUCAACGGCCUCCUGGCAAUGCUUGCUUGCCGUGGGGGUGCCAUAGGGUGGAUGAGAGAGGUUCCAAUGCUCAAGGGAAUCCUUCUAUCCUUUCUGAUAACUGCCACUUUCGCAAACACUACCAGCCCGUCCCACGAUCAUGUCAGAAUAGCGUCGCACGAAGGGCUACUUAUGCUUACCGAUGAGCUGUAUCCACUCGGUCUACAUCCCAAUAUGCCCUGCCCGAUGGCCCUGUUCGAGGAAAUCAUUCGCAUUAACCACGUUCGGGAUGGUGUCUCCAACGGCUUCAUGAGCAAGGAUACUGCGAGGUCUAUCGCAGAUAACAUCGUGAAGAAUAUCGAAGCCUUUGACGCCCGAACUGGCAGUCUUCUGCCUGUCAGCCCUGAAGAGUAUCUUAGUCUUGCAGUCGUCAAGUCACUUGAGAGCUCAUAG